AUGACUACGGCGCCAGCCAGAUUCUCUGGCAAGGAUGAUUGGAAACAGAACUGGAGAAACUUCCUCGCGGCAGUGGGGGUGAGCUUUCUUCUUUCGCAGCUCUUGUUCCUGGGAGAUAUGUCUUACCUAUGGAGCCAGCUUCCCUACUUUACACCAAGCAUCCCGCGACCACUACGCAACAGCCCAGGAUGUGCGAAACGCCGUCUGCCAUGGCGACUACUGGGGCGCCAUCUACGCCAACCCCAGGAAGCACAGCGCGGCUGGCAGUUGUCACUUGCCGGAAACACCGACGACAACGCCAACAACAGCACAUCCACAGCGCUGACCUACAUCGGGAACGGAGCGCGAAACCCAGCCUUCGCGCAGAGCGCGGUAUAUUCCCACAUCCUCACGCUCCUCCAAGCGACGCGGUCCGCCUACUAUGCGCGCAACGCGUCCAACAUGCUGCAGACGUUGGCCCUCGUCCACGCCAUCCAUACUAACCACCUUCCUCAACCCGAUCACCGCGACGGAUUCUUCUUCAUGAUGGCGCUGAACGGGCUCUCGGCGCAGUUCCAGCUCUUCACGCGGCUGACCCCGCGCGCCAACAGGCUGCUGCGCCUGUGCAUCUCCUUCUGCUACAUCUUCAUCGGCGCCCUCUGGGCGUUUCGCGAGUCGUGGUCGGUGACCGCCAACCGGCCCGUGCUCUGCUGGAUGGCCGUCUGGCUGGACAUGCACAUCAACUUCCAGAUCGUCGACGUGCUGACGGCCUACGUCCCCAUGCAAUUCAUGCCCUUCUGCAUCCUCCCCUGGGCCAUCGUCAGCGUCGCCAGCACCGUCAGCCCCUUCGAAAUGCAGCCCGGUUUCUUCCGCUGGGGCUACGCCCUCCCCGCGCACGAGCUCUACCAGGUUCUCGUGCAGAUCUGGAGCCACGGCUGCGAAAGCCAGUUGCGCACCGCCCUGCCUGUGUUGUUCUCGUGGUGGGUGGUUAGUGCCGGGUCGGGGAUUGCUGCGACGCAUAGAAGGUGUCGUAUUGCGGUUGCUGCUGCUACUCACGGGGAGAAGAGUUUUGAGGGGGUUGGUAGGAGGGACGGAAAGGCGGAGUCGGUGCGGACGGGGUCGAGUACGCAGGGGAUUCUGCGCAGGGAGGUGGAGGGGCGACAGGAUACGGUUGAGUUGGCGCGGUUAGAGAACGCGGGUGUAUGGGAGUAG